AUGGAUAAGUCAGAGGAUCAGAUAGCGGUUUUAGAUGCGCAGGAUGCAGAGGUGACUCGAGACGAACGAGACGAGGUAAUUGUCUACGCAAAAUCGCUAACGGCAGCGGACACCAAAUACGCCUUCUACAACGACGACGACAAUACCAAUGACGAAAUUGGGAAUCGAACUGGAGGCAUUCUACUCCAGGGAAAUAAACUAGUGGUGCUGAGGGUCCAAGGUAUCAAGGAGGUCUUUGCAACUGGAGAUUUCAAUAUGCAAGAUAACGAGGACUGAUGUUAUGUAGGUUUGGUUAAAGGCUGACACUUUAAUCUUUAACUCUUACAGAGCUGGCUCGUGCCUUUUUAGGAUUAAAAUUCCACGUUUCCUUCAGUUCAUACUAAAAUAUAAAUCAAUACUAUAGUUUCUUUAAUUAAAACCCUUUACUGACUUAUUUCCUCUGUAAUAUCUAUCAUAAUAGAGAACUGUACUGAUUAUGCCUGUUUUCACAACUACAAUAUAGACUGUAUAUAUGACAUGUACAGAUAAUGCUGAUAGGGCAAAUGAAAUCGAGUCUAACUUUAAAAAUUGGUGACGACAUAACAAGUGUAAUUACAUGAUAGCUCACUGUGCUGCUGUGAUGAUUGAAAUUUUCACAAGAUUUGUACAUAGUCAUUAUGUUGGUCUAUGUGAGAUAUACACACACGAUUGAUGGUGUAUAUAUACAUGUGGAUUAUCUGGCUGAGCUGUGCUUUAGUGUCCUGUGUUAAGUUUGUGUAUAUACAUGUUCUGGUGAUCAGGCAGUAGUGGAGUCUUCUCCAAGUAUUGGCGUGUCAGGUAGGACCACGACUGUGAGUUCAGCUGCGGUUGUCUUCUCGUUCACGUCUCCCACUUCUUCCUCUUCUGUCAGUUUCUUUUUCUCCUCUUCUUUCUUUGGCUCCAGUUUGUCAUAGUCGUCGCCCACAGCCACUGAAGACAAAUAAAAUAUAAAAGUCCUUGCUUCAUUAACUGAACCCUUAGGAUAGUAUUACUGUACAAAUGCUUCCUUUAUCACCUACAACAUAGGUGCUAACAAUUGUAUGC